AUGGGGCCCCUGUGUCCUUGCUCAAACUCAAAAAAGCCUAUGAAAAAGGUACCAGGGGCAUCUCAUGGGGCCCCCUACUGACCCUGGGCCCGAGUUUCCAAAUGGGGAUCAUGGGGCCCCUGUAUCCUUGCCCAAGCUCAAAAAAGCCUAUGAAAAAGGUACCAGGGGCAUCUCAUGGGGCCCCCUACUGACCCCGGGCCCUCGGGCAGUGCCCGAGUUUCCAAAUGGUCAGUCUGCCCCUGGCUGGGACCAAACCCGGGCAGAUCCAAGAACACUGAAGCUCCAGAUACGGUGCACU